AGGAGGAGGAGGAGGAGGAGGGGUCCGCUCUUGGGCUCAGACGCGGGAUGAUGGCGGGGCUGCUGCCGCCCUCCCUCCCGCUCCUGGUCCUGCUUCUCCUGCUCCGGACCAGCCUGGCCUCCAACCGGCACGCCGUCCAUUGGAACAGCUCCAACCCGCACCUCCGCCGGGAGGGCUACACGGUGACGGUGCAGGUGAACGACUACCUGGACGUGUACUGCCCGCACUACAACUCCUCCUCGGGGCCGGAGAGCCGGCUGGAGCAGUACGUGCUGUACAUGGUCAGCCGGGAGGGCUACCGCUCCUGCAACACCAGCCAGGGCUUCAAGCGCUGGGAGUGCAACCGGCCCCACGCCCCCCACAGCCCCAUCAAGUUCUCCGAGAAGUUCCAGCGCUACUCCGCCUUCUCCCUCGGAUACGAGUUCCACGCCGGGCACGAGUACUACUACAUCUCCACUCCGACGCACAACCACCGCCGCUCCUGCCUCCGGAUGAAGGUCUUCGUCUGCUGCGCCUCCCCGUCGCUCUCCGGGGAGAAGGCGGCCCCGACCCUCCCGCAGUUCACUAUAGGGCCAGAAGUGAAGAUCGAGGACUUGGACAACUUCAACCCAGAGAUGCCCAAGCUGGAGAAGAGCAUCAGCGGGACCAGUCCCAAGCGGGAACACUUGCCGCUGGCCGUGGCUGCCGCCUUCUUCCUCAUGACGCUGCUGGCCUCCUAGCCCCGCAGAGGGGGGGCACGCCAGGGGGCAUCGGGCCCGAGUGGACGCUUGACCGAGUUGCACCCUGGGAGCGAGCACGGCGCCUUUG